AUGAAGAUGUUUGGGAAAACAUCGUUGGGAAAAAUGGUGAUGUUAAUGAACGUGAUUAUGGUCAAAAGAGAGAAGAUUUCCACAGGCAUAAGCGCCCAGUGGAGUGUCAAGAGGGACCGAGGAAGGAGCACCAAGAGGUACACACCCAUAGGCUAUAUCAGAGAAUAAAAGUGUCCACUUACAUUGGUCAUUAAAGGUGUGUGUGAGCUGAAGUAUGCUAACGGUAAUGUAGUUAAUUCACCAAGUGUUCUAGACUAGUACAAUUUGUACUCCCCACUUAGCUAGCUACCUGACCAGAUAAUGAUAACAACAUAAACAGUGCACAUGUGUAUUUGUAUGAUGUCAAUACUAGGCUGAUUUCUUGCCAUAUCUAUGUCUAAAAAGCAAAUGCAUUAUUCAAUCAGUUCAUUGUAUCAUACACUGGAGUUAAAUUCUUAGCUAGCUGAUUUAUAAUGUGGAAUAUUUUUAUGUGGUGUUUUUGAUGCAUGUCUUAUUGGAUACACAUACAUUUCCACAACUACUGCUCUGACCCUCUCUCUGAGAGUGGUCAUCAAGAGGAGGAUGACUUUUACUCCAUGACCAGAGAAACACUGAGCCAAACUCAGGCAGGAAUGGAGAAAAUAUCCAGUGUGGAAGAGAAGAUACUGGAGAUGUGGGCAAGACUACACUGAAUACGGGUGGACACGAUAAAGUCGAUCAGACAUUUUAUUAAAACAUUGUACUUGAAUCAGUCAGCUAAUGGUAUCAUGGCACCACUACCAUUUAGUUAACUUUUGAAUGAGUUUUUAUGAUUGAGUAAGGACACUCUGGACAAUCAGUCAAAACACCAUUUAAAAUUAGUGUUCCUAUGCAUUUAUUGGGAAAAAUUCCACCAUUAGACUGUUAAGAAAUACUUUUUUUAGGAUUGGUACAUUGUUUGCUGUUUAAAUUAUUUAUUAAUAUCCACAAUCUCAUUACAUUUACAUUUUAGUCAUUUAGCAGACGCUCUUAUCCAGAGCGACUUACAUAUAUAUAUUUUUUUAUACCCCCUGUGGGAAUCGAACCCACAACCCUGGCGUUGCAAACGCCAUGCUCUAUCAACUGAGCUACAUCCCUGCCGGCCAUUCCCUCCCCUACCCUGGACGACGCUGGGCCAAUUGUGCGCCGCCCAUGAGUCUCCCGGUCGCGGCCGGCUGCGACAGAGCCUGGAUUCGAACCAGGAUCUCUAGUGACACAGUUAGCACUGCGAUGCAGUGCCUUAGACCACUGCGCCACUCAGGAGACUAUGUAAUGUAGAAGUUUGUUUUACAUUAACGCCUCAACAACCACAAUGUCCCUCUCUGUUGCAGAUGUGGUUGCAAAUGACCUCACCUGUGUCAGACCCAGAGAAACAAGACGGCCAUCCCUCAAACACAGAGCCAAACACAGGCAGGAUUGGAGAAAAUGUCCAGAAUGGUGAUUCUUUAAAUACAGCCCAAAGUUCGGAUAGAAGCGCUGCCACCGGAGCAGUGAAGAAGCCCUUCAUUUGCGACUUUUGUGGAAAGUGUUUCAAUUGGAGAUGUAUGCUUAAAGCCCAUCUUAAUUCUCACAUCAAACCCUUUAGCUGCCCGCAGUGUGGGAAAGGUUUUAGUACAAAGACGGGGUGUAGUAAUCACCUCUUGGUGGUGCAUUCUAAAGAGAAGACCUUCAAAUGCGCAGAUUGUGGGAAGAUGUUUGCAUUGAGAAGUAGUUUGGUCAAACACAGAGAGCUUAACCCAACUCGGCACACCUGCACAACGUGAAAAAACAUUCUGUGGCGACCGUGCGCUAAAAAGGCACAACUACAGUGAUCACCCGGAAAGGGCAAACAGCUGCUCUCUGUGUUCUAAGACCUUUCAGUCAUGGUAUCAAUGGGAUCUUCAUAAAGCAGAGCACUCCGAGGAGAAGUAUUGCUGUGAAACCUUUGGCAAGCUUUUCGUUUCACCUUCAUCCUGAUCCAGUCAUCAGAGUGCAACUCAUACAGCAAGGGCUUAUCGCUGUG